UUUAACUUUUUAAUACAAAAUAUUUCUUUUGGAUCGUUUUAACGAUUACCUAAUUAACUUUAUAAUAUAUUAAUAUUUUAUAUGCCGUAUCAGUAAAUAGUCAGCUAAACUAUAAAAAAUGUUUGCUUCGUUACCUCCACGGCUCCACGAAAACUCGCUUAAAGUGUGAUAACUGAUAAGAAAUAAUCAUUUAGAACAAAAUGUUCUCUUUCAUUUUUAAAGUAAUCGCCAAUCGGUAAAAUGUUUGAAAACAAUAAAAACUCGUUCGUGAUAAAAUUCAUAAAAUUUAAUUUUGAUUUUUACUUUGAAGUUUGCUUAUUGUUGUCACUGUACGGGUAAUCGUAUUACAUAAAAUAGAUUGUUAAAAUACAAAUUGUAUACAAUUACGGCAUACCAGUAUUAUAUUCAUGUGUAAUUCCAGUUUAUUUUGGACUACGUUUUAUUGAAUUUUUGUGUGGCAACAUCGCUCUUUAAAAAGUAACUAAGUAUUGAUAUGUCUAAUGCGAAUGACCAUUUUUUAGUUGAAGAUGAUGAAAUAUUAGCUUCUGUAUUAGAAGAAAGUUUAAGACAUUACAAUGAAGUGGAAGUACCGUUACGAUCCAUUGAUAUUAAAGUACCUUCUACACGACCUAUACAUUCUAUUGAUGUGAACAAAGUACUUCCUACACAGUCUAUUGUGGAGAAUAAAGAACCACAACAGUCUAUUACCACAAAUUAUGUACCUAAAUUAAGUAGGGUUGCCUCACCAGAAGUAAUAGACUUAUGCCAAUCACCUAAAAAAUGUACAGUUGUCCAAAGCAGAUUAUCACAUUUUUUUACAAAACCUAAAAAUAAUAAAGUCUGUGAUGAAAAAACUAAUUGUGUACUAGAAAAUCAAACUGAAAAAUUAUCUAUAGAAAUAAAUUCAGCGCCAGUACAGAAUAAUGUCAACAUUAUUAGCUCACCAGCAAUUUUCUAUAAAGAAUCGGAUGCUAAGGGUUUUCAUUUAUCGUCCGGCUCACAUUAUGUGUAUCCUUCAAAUUUUCCAGUCAGAGAAUAUCAAAUGGCAAUCAUCAAAACAGCUUUAUUUAAUAAUACUCUAGUCAGCUUGCCUACAGGUAUGGGGAAAACAUUCAUAGCUGCCGUGGUCAUGUACAACUUUUAUCGAUGGUAUCCAAUGGGUAAAGUAAUAUUUAUGGCGCCGACAAGACCAUUGGUUGCCCAACAAAUUGAAGCAUGUCACUCGAUAAUGGGUAUUCCUAGGGAAACAACGUUUGAAAUGACUGGCAAUAUCCCGCCUGAACAAAGAUACUUAGCAUGGAAUAAGUACAGAGUCUUUUUUCUUACACCACAAGUUCUGGCUAAUGAUUUGAGUCUUAAUAAAUGUCCAUCACAUACAUUCAGAUGUAUUAUCGUUGAUGAAGCACAUCGAGCUACCAAAGAUUAUGCUUAUGUUCAGGUCUUAAAACAUUUAGCCGAAGAAAACAGAGUAAUUAGAAUUGUUGGGUUAUCAGCUACUCCCGGAACUAAUAUAGAUGCAGUUUCUGAGGUUAUUCAAAAUUUAAGCAUAUCAAAGUUAGAGUUUAGAACUGAUGAGUCUCCUGAUGUAGCAAAGUAUACAAAUAAAAAGGACGUUGAAUGUAUACCAGUGAAACUUACAAAUACUAUUUUAGAGAUUCGCACUCAGUUUUUAAAAAUUUAUGAUAAAUACUUAAGACGUUUAAAACAGUACCAUGCCCUCAAUGGAAAUGUUGCUAAUCUAACAAAAUUUCAAAUACUUGGUGCCAAACAAAAAUUUUUAACCAGUAAUAUUGCCCGUGAUAUGCCAAAAUCUCUUGUUGGAUGUUUGAUAAAUGAUUUUACUAUUUGCAUGUCACUGGCAUAUGCUUUAGAGUUGUUGACCAUUUAUGGUGUCAAAGUAUUUUAUUUACAAUCGUUAGAAAUCAAGGAAAAUCAUAAAUGUUUAUCAAAUGAUGCUGAUUUUCGAAAUCUUUUGCAUAGCAUUAACAAUGAUUUGAAUUCUCAGGACUUGACUUGGAGUCACCCCAAAUUAUUUGAGUUAAAAAAAAUUGUUCAAAACUAUUUUGGCAAUACACAUGUAGAAGCAAGUAGUAAAAUAAUAAUAUUCUGUCAGUAUCGGUUGGUUGUAGUAGAAGUAUUUGAACUUUUAAAAACAUUUGGUUCAUCUGUGAAACCAGUCAUGUUUGUUGGGCAAUCUCUUAAAGAAAAAGGUGGUCUAGCACAAAAAAAACAAUUAGAGGUGAUGAGCCGAUUUAAAAGUGGAGAUUUUAAUGUAUUAAUUGCUACAAGUGUUGCUGAAGAAGGUCUAGAUAUUGGGGAAGUCGACCUAAUCAUUUGUUUGGAAGCCAAUAAAUCUCCAAUUAAAUUUGUUCAAAGACUCGGCCGAACUGGUCGUAAAAGAUCAGGCAAAUGUAUUACUUUACUGACUGAAGGAAAAGAACAAAUUAAAUAUAAUUCUAGUGUUUCUUCUAGCAAAACACUUGUAGUAAAAAUGUUAAAAAGCAAAGCAAUACUUUCAAAAUUGGCUCCAGGAGGACCAAGAUUGGUGCCAAAACAUAUCCAUCCACAAUGUUUAAUGAUUCAUGUAAAAGAAUCAAAAGAGUUGUUCCCAGAAAAAAAAAAACUAAAAGGCAAGAAAAAAGGAGUUCAAAAUAUUAUGCAAUAUGCAGAACCUAAUGAUGAUCAAAACAAAGUCAAUGAAGACGGAGAAGAAGGACUUGAUGUUUUCCAAAAUAACAUAGAUAAACCAAAAAGAAGAUCUAAAAAACGAAAAAUUAUCGAAUUAAAUGCAAAUGAUAAUGACUGUAAAGAAGUCGGAUUGCCUAAAGAAAAAAUUACAAAUGUUGAUUGCGAACACAAUUUCAAUGAUUAUAAUGAUUAUAAUGCACCCGAUAUCAAUGCGCACGGUGUAAGUGUAACCGAUAGGAUUUUAGACCGCUUUGUUGACGAAGAAAAACUAUUUAACGAAUGGCUGGAGUCGUGUGUUCAGACCAAUACUGUAGUGAUGAAUAGUCCGUUUUUGGAACUAUUAAAUUUGUUUACUGAUCGUGAUCAAUGUGAUAAUGGACUUUUUGACAGUGAACCUACGAAUGGCAUGUUUAUGAGGCAGACCGACUUUGGCCAGAUGUUUAAAGGUCCAUCGGUAAAUGAAAAGCGUAUGAUCCGCGAAAACGAUCAGCCAAUGAGAAACGCCGAUCAUUCGUUCCGAUUAAACGAAAAUGUACAACUAGGUGGUUCACAAGUGGCUAGCACAUCUGCAGCUCACAAUAUUAAUGACUAUACGGAAAAUGCAGACUUUGGAGACGUAUUCGACGGACACACUGACCAGUCUACUAUUAUGCGACCGAUUGGUAUGCGAACGUCCGCAGUUUGUAACGGUAGCCACAAGACGAAAACCAUCGAAAACAGCCGUUUAAGUAAACUUGAUUUCAUAGAUCUGUGCCAAAGUCAAUCGGCUGAUGAGCACACCGAUGAUUUCAUGACGAAGAAUACGGAUCUUUCUAAAAAGCCGCUUACUGAUGAUGGCGAUGGUGAACUCGUACACUAUGUAGACGACGAUAAUUCAUCAAUGGAUAUUGCGACAAGAACCGACGUACCAGACAUCGAUGAAGAUGUAGAUGACGAAGUCAUGGGAAAUCUUAAUUUCGAAGAAUUAUUUAAGAGCCAAAGGGCUGACAGGUUUAUCGAAAAGUACAGCGAAGAAAUCGGCGCUGAAAGACCAAAAGCCAAUCAUUUGGCAGUCGUGUGUAGCGACGGUGGUAAAAAAUCCGAGAUGGGCCAUAACGAGAAAAUAAACAACAGUGUAAUGUUUGAGAGUCAUAAAUCCAACGGGUACAUCGAAGACUUUAUGGCUAGGGAUCCGAAAUCUCGUGUUUGUUCAUCAAAUGCAGACGAGCGAGUGGUACGUCAUUUUAACGACGACGUCAACGAUAACCAUUCAAUUGUGGACAUCGUGAAAAAAGCCGUUAUACGUGACGAUGACCAAGAUGAAGACGACGAACUCAUGGGGAAUAUUGAUUUCGAAAAACUGUACGAUAGUCAGAGAUCUGAAAUCCGUAUGGAAAAAGACAUCGCUGCCGAAAGACAGAUCAUCGAUCGAUCGAUCAUUAAUAGUGGUCGGAAAAGUCCUAUCGUAUGUGGUGGUGGACAAAAGGGCGAGACAUCCAGUUACCCGUCAAACAGGAAGAUAGACUACAGUGUAUUGUUUAAGAGCCAAAGAUCCAACGGUUACAUUGAAGAUUUUAUGGUUAGAAACACAAAAGCUCGAGUCCCGAGUGCUGUCGAUCGUGAUGUACUCCACAUCGACGACGACGAUCAGAAUAAAGACGAUGAAGUGAUGGGGAACCUUGAUUUUGAAAAACUUGUCAAGGGUCAGAGGGCUGCCACGGGUAUGGAAACGGCCGGAAGUGAUAGAAUAUCUGCCAAACAGUCGAACGUCGGUCGAUCGAUUGAAAACGAUGAUCGGAAGAGUCCCAUCGCGAGUGGUGUUGAGCCAAAGGUAAAAACAGUUGGACGUUCAAGCAAACUCGACUAUGGCACACUGUUUAAGAGCCAACGAACUGAUAAAUACACCGAAGACUAUAACGAAAAAAUCGAAGUAAAAACGGUCGGUGAAAAGGUGGGCGUGGCAGACUCGAAUGGCCCGGAGGUUGCUGACCUCAUCGACGUUGAUGACGACGUUAUUUCCAUAGAAAGUUCUCCAGAAUUUUUCAGUUGUAGACCACCAAAGAAGGUCGUUCAGACAAAACUGACGAGUCAAGUUCGCGCCGAUCGCGCCGUGGAAGUCAUUGAUUUGUCAUCGCAGUCACCUAGCUCUUCGCGUACCGCGACUGCGUCCUCCGCCUGUCGACCGAUUCCAAAAGACAGGUUGUCGACCGACGGCUUCGGGACCGCUCGUAUCGGCGGCAGUGGUCUGGUGCAGUUGCUCGACGAUGACGACGACAUGGACUUCAUGUUCAUCGAUUACAACGACGGAGUUGAUGCUGCUGCAGAUGUCUUCACGCAAAAACACGGAGACGUUUGCGAUGCAGAUAAUUUUACGCAGAAACAACGGGACAGCGACCGGACGGAGGCGGCAGCCCGACUACCUUCACCGCCUGCCGCUCCGGCAGCGAAAUCAGCGCCUAAAGACGACGUGACAAAGCGUGUCGGCCACUCCAUACAGACGUACGACAACGGCAUGAUGCCCUUCAACAUCAUGAAAGCUGCACGUCUUGCUGACCUUCUUAAACCGGGCUUGAGCAUGAAGAGGAAUACAACGACAAUGACAUUGAAACGACAGGUCGAUAGCGGAUCGACGGCGACGGUGACCAAACGACAGGAUGACAGCGGAUCGACGGCGACGGCGACCAAACGACAGGUCGACAGCGGGUCGACGUCAAUGGCGUUCAAACGACAGGUCGAUAACGGAUCGACGUCGAUGGCGUUCAAACGACAGACCGAUAACAGUUUAACGUCGACGAUGCUCAAAAGAAAAGUCGACAGCGACCGAAGUCCAGCUAACGAUAUGUCGCCCAUAAAUCCUCCGAACAGGCCGCGGCGACGUCCUCAGUUCUCGCAGUCUACCCCCAAAGUUCCCUUGCACCCCAAACAACGACCACGAGAAACCGUCACUACCGCUGCAGCUACUACUGCCGCCGAAGAAACGGUCAACUCUCUGUUGACGUCCAGCAGUGACUCGGACGCUUUCAUCGGCCAUGGCCGGGACGAGAAGAUGACUACCCCACGCCGCCGAGUCAAGAAAAAACGACGACCGAAACCGAAAAAGAAACUCUUGUUCAUCGAUGAUGAAGCUGAUGUCAGCAAUUGCUACGGCGAUGGAAACAUCCAAAGCACGACUAGCUCUGACAACGACGAUGACGACGAUGAAAAUGAUUUUGAUUCUAGUUUCAUCGAUGACGACCACGAAAAGUCCGAUCCGUCAAAGAGCAUGACCAAACAGUAUUUACAAUCGGUCAAGAAUCAGACUAAUGUUCGUGGAGUUUUCAAGAUACCUCAGCUGACGGGACAUCAUUACAACAUCGAUGUUUACUCUCAGAUGGACGACCGGAAUAUGGAUAACUAUGUAGAGGAUUCGUUUUGUGUGGAAGACGCAUCGGAUUUGAACUACACGUCGUCGACGACCAACACGAGCGCACAUCGGACGUCGGACGAACGGCCGUCCAAGCCGCCGCCGUCGCGAAAGCGGAAACGCAUAUUGUCGCCACAGAGUACGGACAGCAGUGACAGUUCCGGCGAUCUGCAGUUCCGUCGGAAGCGCGUCAAAGCGAAGACUUCGUUGGACUUUAGUUGAUCGCGUUCGGGGCUUCGGAUUUUGGAAGUAACUGUAUUUCCAUUCGUCAAUAUUUUUAUACCUGUUACCUUUUUUUUUCGCGCUCGUUUAUUAUAUUGUAGCGUUUUUUUUUUAUCGUACUGUUCGCCUAUCUUACAGAUACGAUUUACUAGUCCGCGAUUUCGUAAUAUUGUAUACUUACGAGUCGUAGGUGCGACUGACAGCAAAUCACUAUCGGUAUUCUUUUUUAUUUAUUUAUUUAUUCUGUACAUACCUAUAUUAUACCUAUACACAACUAUUAUACUUACAUGUUAAUUUGUUAUUUUUUUUUUAUGUAUUUAAUUAUUAUUAUUUUUUUUUUGUGAUAUCCAAAAGUGUAUUGAAAAACGGAUACCUACGC